AUGUGCUAUAAAAGAGGAGCUAAAAAAGCAGUGGCUACAUCAUGUACCAACUGUGAGACAGCUGUGUAAUCUAUUUAUUCCUGCAAAAUGUUGCAAUGCAAGACACCAAUAUUGUGGCUUACUUUGCUGUUCCCUCUGGUCAGCUCUGCAGUUAUCAGUGAGCCUCAUGGCUGCAUGUAUGAAUGGCUGAGAAGCAUUGGUUUGAAACCAUCUCCAGCUGACGAAUAUCGACAACUCUUCCUCAGAGAGGAAAUGAGUGAGACUGUUCUGCAAAUGACUUCGCUGGAACAACUCAAGGAGCUAGGCAUUACAAAGAUGGGACAUCGAACACUCAUUCACAAUCGACUGAAAACCGAGCCUAUGUGUGAGCACAAUGGAGCCUGUGAGCUGAGCCCUGAGGGCACCUUCACCUGUUCCUGCCCUGAGGGCUUCAGUGGGGAAAGCUGUGAAAAUGUGACUGGUUGUGGUGAGACAGUGUGCAGGAAUAAAGGUGGCUGUCUACUGAACAGUGGAAUGGUCCAAUGCACCUGUGCCUCUGGCUUCACUGGAACAUUCUGUGAAAACGACAUCUGUGAGCACGAGCCUUGUGUGAAUGGAGGUAUUUGCUCGAGAUCCGAGGAGGGCUUCAAGUGUACCUGUCCUCUUGGCUACGAGGGACUGAAUUGUGAAACCAUGUGGCUGAACCGCAGCUCUUUCAUCAGGCUCACUAAACAGGUUGCCUUUCUAGAGAGGCUGCAUCAAAUGGAAGCACAACAAAAAGAACAAGAGCUGAUGCACGCCACUCCACAGGGCCCUCGAUUCUUUGUCAAAAACUCACUCAUUGGUCCGCAAGGAGUUAUCCAAACAGAGCUUUUCACUGACUCAUACGAGAAGAAAACAUACAUGUUGUUCCUCAGUAACGUCCCAUCACAGCCGCAACUAUCUGGAGUCUCUAUAUACCGACGUUAUGACAAUGGGACCCUCUCCCUCGCCCACACGCUAUCUCUCCUCGCUCCCUCCUCACUGACCACUUUCACUAUCGGAGACAGCUGGUAUAUGGCCAUCGUGAACAGCCCCUCGACAACCAACAAGGGACCCAACACUCAUACAAGGCUCUACAAGUGGAGUCAAGGGCAACUGAAUCUCGCACAAGAACUGACUGCUCCUGGAGCUCGUGAUGUACACUAUCUGAUCGUUGAUAAUGUCUACCAUUUCCUUACAGUCUCUUGUGGAUCUGAUGGGCAAGGAACAGUGCGCAACAGUUUGGUGUAUGCAUGGUACAAUGGAGGGUUUGUGUUCUAUCAGACGCUGGCCACCCAUGGAGGAAAAAAUGUGAAAUCAGUUGAAACUAACGACCAUCGCAUGUUUCUGACAGUCUCUAGUGACAUUCGAUCUACAGUCUUCCAAUGGAAUGGCACUUAUUUCACCAUCUAUCAAGAGCUACCCGCAUCCGAAGCCAUGGAGAUGAUUCGGAUUGAUUCGCUGACAUUUCUCCUCGCUGUGGGGUCUGAUAUGAGUACACUGUACAGACUAGACAAGCACUUUGUUCCUCACACAAAUGCCCCGGCAGCUACAACGGCCAAGUACAUAAACAUAAACUCGGAAUAUUUUAUAGCAUUCGGUCAUAACACUACUGUGGAGAUUCAUAUGAUAGACGGUGCUGGGUUGACCCAUUUCCAGACCUUGUCUAGCAGUGCCCCUGUACUGUCCCUGUCGGCAAUGGGUGGAGCUGAGCAGCUGGUUAUAUCAUUGACGAAUAGAUACGAUCAACCAAACACUGUACUCUACCAAUGGAGUCACCCCUGAACACACCCAUCAUCAAUCAUAAUUAUUUUGUAUUAAUUGUUAUUAAAUUUUUAUAUUAUUGCUGAUAAAAUUAUUAGCUUUCUGGCAUUUUUUUUGUCAUAUGUAAAACAUGCUUUGCUAUAAAAUGUUAUAUGUAACAUGCA